AAUGUAACUUAUUUCAGCAUUCAGCUGAUGCAAUAACAUAUUACGAGCUGUAAAGUUAUUUUGAUAAUGAUAAUUCAAGAGAAAAGUGGAUUUUGUCAUCGUCACAUACAUUUACAGUUUUUUAAAGGAAGAGAUGGAGCAAUUGCCAGAUGUUCUAUACAAUAGGGAGCUUGAAGAUAGUUCCUGACUAAUCCCGUGAUGCGUGCAAUGUGUUCGACAACGAUGGGUGCCUUGCUGACGUUGGCGUAUUUCUUACACUGCGAAGGUGCUGCGCCGGCGCCAGCUCUCAACGACCGGCCUAUCAUCGGAGUGUUGGCUCAGGAACAACACUACAAGUUCUGGGAUAAGUAUCCCGAGGACUACACUAGCUACAUCGCGGCAUCGUACGUUAAAGCUUUGGAGGCGUCCGGCGCAAGAGUUGUGCCUAUAAUGAUCGGGAAAGACCGUACUUAUUAUAAAGAUAUUAUAGGCAAAUUAAAUGGCGUCCUUUUCCCUGGCGGAGCAACUUUCUUCAACCAAUCCAACGGUUUCGCGGACGCAGGCCAACACAUCUACGAGUUGGCCAUCGAAAUCAACGAGGCCGGGGACUAUUUCCCCAUCUUCGGCACCUGUCUUGGCUUCGAGCUAAUCAUCAUACUGGCUUCCGGUCGAGGGCCUGUAGAGAAUAGGGUCACUUGCCAUUCUUUUGGGAAUAGUCCUCUUAAUUUUACUAGUGAUUUCCGCAACAGCAAGAUGUACCAGAGCGCUGACGAGGACAUCAUCAAUAUAUUGUCCCGCGAAGACAUCACAGCCAAUCAUCAUCAAUUUUGCAUCGUGGAUGAGAAUCUGAAGUCUCACAACUUGACCAAAGACUGGCGCGUCACGGCACACAGCAAUGACGCCAAUGGACUGAAAUUUAUAGCUAGCGUUGAACAUAAUAGGUAUCCGUUUUACGGCGUCCAGUUUCAUCCAGAAAAGAUCUUCGAGUGGAAACAAACCAGGACUUACCCUCAUACUUUUAAUGCGAUCAAAGCGAAUCGUCAUUUCAUGGAUUUCUUUGUGAACGAGUGCAGGAAGAACCACCAUUCGUUUGUUGAUGCGGAAGAAGAAAAUAAGUGCCUUAUUUAUAACUAUAAUACACAUUUUACCGGCGCUGAAGGAGGCGCAUACGAACAGUGUUAUUUCUUUGAGCCCAGAAAUACUGGAGAAAGUAAAGAAAAUUAUACGGUUGUUGCAGUUUAACUAGGAGAAGGUGUGAACGUAAUUAUUAAUAAUUAAUCGAAGUAUUAGCUAUGUGUAUUGAAUAUUUCAAUACUAGACAUAAUUAAUUAGUUUUUAAUGAUUAAGUUCUUUAUUGUGCUUGUUCCUUAUUGUGUAAUAACUGUAAUAAGGAAAAAUAGAGCAAACAAGUGACACACUGGUACCCACUCGGCUGUAAGCGCAAAACCGGCAAACAAAUAACCAGAUGGGAAGAUGACAUGCAGCUUACUCUAGGACCCCACUGGACCAGAGUCGCCUUGGAUAAACAGCAUUGGAGAGAGUUGGAAGAGGCCUAUGCCGACAGGCACACCACAUUAAGAGACAUUCUAUAAUAUAAACAAUGUACAUCCACAAACUAAAUAUCGAAUAUGUAUUUACAAGUUUCUCUUAUUAGGCCAAGCAAUAAGAAGUUAUAGAGGGAAAUGCUAGGAACACAAUUUUUGACU